AUGAGGACCAGAAGAUCUUUUGCGACGUUAAGGAAAGCUACUUCGAACGUCUCGUUGGUGGGUGAUAGUGCUUCGGUUGGAACGAAUUAUUCAGCUGCGAAAUUAUGGAGGUUCCAUAGACACUUCGCAAGCAGGAGUAAUGGAACUGAAAUAUCACCAGUAAGGCGAACGUACAGGAAGCGGGACAGGUUUAAGGCUGUGUUUACUGGAUGGGGUACGAGGUACCUGGUGUACCAAAAUGAUGUAGCAUCGUCUAUUUUUGAUGUUGAGCCGGAUCAAAUCGACGUACAUGAAGAUACGGAACAUGGAAAUAGUGAUGACUCGCUCUUCAGUGUAAUGCAGCAAGCAAGAUCGAAUACCUUUUUCAAUAGGAUCAAGUCCGGUAGAAACUCUUAUUCACAGAAUGAAAUCGGUAGCGAGUCACUCAGACCAGAUAGCGUAUUGAAAAUGGCAGGGUCCAAAAGACUAUCGUCGAGAUACAUAAAGGAACGCAUUCUUCAUCGACUUGCUAGAAAGCCCCCCACUGCUAAUGGUUCCUCAGAGACCAUGUUUGAGAUUCCACCAGAACUCACCAAAACAAUUGCAUCUUGUGUUUUGGACAACAGGUCGUUUGUAUCCACCGAAGACUCUCUAUCAGGAAACUUGGACCUCAAGGUCAAUUUAUCACUGCUUGAUUACAAAACCCAGUCUACACCUAGAAAAGAAACUCCACCCGACGGAAGCCUAGAAUUUACUCCCAGAUACCAUCAUGAAUUUCACAUCGAACCACCUCCCAAAAAUUUGCCCAAACAUUUACAUGCAAAAUGGGAACGCAGCCAAAUGUUCAAGAACACCGCCAGAACCUACGACCACGAAAAGUGGAAGUCUAAGCAGCUGCUAGUGAACCAGGAGAAUAAUACGGACGAUGAAAAACCCAACACAGACCUUUCAAUCACAACAAAAUCAACUACAAAAGAUUGCGACAAUGUAUCAUCCAAUCUAUUUGAAAACGUUACCAAACUUUUCACCCCCAACAACAGCUCCAAGGUUUCAAGCUGUACCCCAAGUAGUUCUAAAAGCGUUUUUGAUACCACUAAGUUGUUCCUACCUGCAACCCCAAAAAUAGGAAAUCUUUCUACUGUGUUCUCUCUUAAGAAUAGGAAAUUAUCCCAUAACUCUUUAUCCAGUAGAUUCACUUCGGUGGCCUCAUCAUUUCAAUCUACAUCUACAAUAUCGUCUUCAGCAACGGCAUGCAAAGUUUCGACAAUUACUAAUAAAAACUUCAAUUACCCCGAAAAUUAUUCUCUUUAUUCACAAGAUACGUUUUGCUACAAAAAGACUAACAAAUACGUCAAUAACAUAGAGGAUAGGCCUCAAGAUGAGACCUUCUCUGAGUUCAGCUUCUAG